AUGACCGCCCUGGCCUUUGAUUGGCUGAGACAUAUUCAACAUCUUCUCAAGUCCACCAGACAGCCACUUUUCAAAACAGACAAUGGUGUGAAGACCAAGUUGUCACAAGGCACUCGCCGAAAAGUCAGUCGAUUAGAUGCAAAAUACACAGAAGACGAGCCCAGUAGUGCCAGAUGGGUGACCUCAAAGAAAGGAAUUGACAAAAAAGACCAUGCUAGAUCAAGAAACCGAAAUGGUUACGACCACAGACUGGAAUUCCAGCAGAGGCAUUCACAUGGGGCCAGUGCAAAACGUGUUGAUUUUCUGCCAAACUUCCAACUGCGGGAGGUCAACAACGAUGGAACUUACUUAGACAGUGUUAACAACCCAGUGGAUUCACCUUACACCCUGUGUGGCCUGCAGUCCAAACAAUUGGACAGCCAUCGUGAAAAGUUUAAACAUUUUGCUGGUGGUGACACUGUUGGAAAUACAUUCGAUUUUGUUAAUGGGCAAAGGACGUCUUAUGGCCUUGCUCAGGUGCCCAGUUUAGGUAACUACAAUGACAGUUUGCUAAUGGAUUCUCCAGGGAGUAUGGGUUUUGAGCCAGCCAUUAUGGGUAGAAGAGAAGGUGAUGCUGCCUCCAAAAGAGGAGCUGCUAUGUUCACUGAUGGAAAAUGUAAAUCACGACCUCUGAAGAAAAAUUUAACAGAUCUUCCAGAACAAAGCGAGUCGAGUCGAGAUGAAAGUGUGGUUGCGGCAGUGCCGGCCACAAGAGAGUGUCCUAGUGAUUCCAGUCUAGAUUUCAACUCGCAGUCAUUCUAUCACGAACCCAUCCACUUGAAUCAAACCACCAUCAAAGAACGCAUCAAUGCAACAGAAAAAUAUCCUAAAGGUCGAAAAGUCGCUUCAGGCCCUCCCGUCCCUGUUUAUAAAGGUUUUGCUGAAGUUGACAAGAGAAUGUUUCCAGCAUACUGCAGUACAAGCAAGUCCAGCGUCAAGAGAUCAGGCAAGAAAACGGUGACCAGUAAAGUGAAGUACAAGACGAGUGAAGAACGAGAUGAAACUGAAAAAGUUAAAAAAGUAACCAGAGUAAUAGCCUCUGAAAACAAAUCCUCAAAACAAGGUGCUAAAGAUAUUAUCACCACCUCAUCGUGGCGGGUUGGACAGGAACUGGUGCGUCAGAAGUUGGGACCAGCAAGAACCAAGACACAGCCAAUGAAGAUGGAUUUUAACCACGAAGAGACUGAAGCUAGAGAUUCGCAGAAGCCUGAUGGAGCUGCUAGUGAUCCUCCAGAUAGUGCCGGCACGUUUGGAAUUAAUCCUGCAGAUGCUAAAAAUAUUUCUGAAGAAAGCAGAAAGAUAUUACUUGACUUGCAGCUUGACCACAAGACCGAUGAGUUGAAGAAACCAGAGAGAAAAAGACUUACUGUCAAGAGGAAAGCUCCCAGGCAGACAGAGUGUGACAAAAUGCAGCUGUGCGCAAAGCACCAUUCGAACAAUGACCAGAUAAAGAAGUACAUAGCCAAACAGAGGGCUGAGCGGGUACGACGUCAGCGCGAGGAGAAGCGGGCCCAGCAGGUGGCCAAUCAGAAACGCAAGCAGCAGCUGGACGAACUGAGGAAGAUAUCGAGUACGGCUGUCAAGAAAACGUCCAGACACAGAGUGACCGCGGACGAACCCAGUAAGAAACACAUUGACCACGGGCUGAAGGAAGACCAUGCAAAAACACCAAUGAGUACCAAGUACAUGAAACUUGUGAUUGGUGAGGAAAGUCUCGUACAGAUGGAGCUGGAUGAUGAGAGUUCCACCCUGACGGGGGACACUGAAGAUGACCUGACGCCGGUGCCCACUCCAAGGGAUGAGAACUGGAAGCUUGAUGAAGGACAUAAUAAAGACGAAACAUUUGUGUCUGGUGCAGUGGAUGUGAAGAAGGUGACAGUGCAGGAUGAGCCCAUGAAGAAGGUCAUAGUUCAAGGCAAGAAGCUGGACAUCGAUGUUGACAGUGUAUUGUCUGUGUUCUCCAAGUACAAACAGUUGGUGACGGGAGCCGCCGCCGCCAGACCCGACCAUGUGGCCAGUGUGCCGAGUCGAACUCACGGCACCGCCGACCUCAAGGCUAUUUACGAAGCUUCCGCAUCACUGCGUAGUCGACUGCAGUCUGAACGAGUGCAGAAACCAAUGAUCAUGUCCACUGGUGGUCAGCUGUAUGACAGGAUUACUGGACGGCCAACUGCAGUGAAUGAGUUUGGUGGAUCAUUACCAGGGACUACGGACUGGAAGAUGAAAUACAUGGCCCACGAUCCAGUUGCUGACCUGGUUGGUUCCAGUAUACAGACAGUUCAUCGUGAGCGCAUUGGUCCCAGUCUGACUUCACACCUCGUUACAGAACACAAACACGAAGGUUUGGAAAAGGCAGAAGAGUCAUCAUUGUCGGAAACCUCAACAUUUGAGGAUGUUACAGAGGCUUCUGAAAGUGACUUCGACAACAGCAGGCCUGCCAAGAUGUGCAAACAGCUGAAAGACCGUAAAUUGAUCAACAACAAGCGUCACCAGCCGCCUGUAGCCAUGUACAAGCCGUCUCCGAUCCCUGGCUGUGACAAGCCUACUGCUGACCAUUACAGCGUUCUCAAUGUGUUCAACCGCAAAAUGAAACUACUGGGGAAAGAAAAUAUUCGAAACAAAUCGUCUGAAUCCGAGAGAAGGUCCAUGCUAAGUUCUCCAAUACUUUCUGAUGUUAUUGAGCCUGUGCCAUCAUCGAUAAAAAACUUUUCAUCAAAUACUGCCGAAUCAAACUUGUUACUUUCGGCCAAGGGAAGCAACUUCAUAGCAUCAGGUGCAGCAUCGUACAAUGUUGGCAGUCAUUUGGUACAGGCGGCAGAACCUAGUCGAAUAAACAUGGCUAGUUCGGUUCAACCAGCGUUUCACCUCACGAGCCGGGACAGCAACCUUAUUAGACCAGACAUGCCGCGGUUUGGUGAAAAUAAGUUGUGGUCUAAUGAGCUUAAGGAAAGAGAAAUCUCCCACAGUGAGAGACUUCAAGCAACAGGCAUUAGGAAGGAUAAAGACGACGAUUUAUACCGUCCUGUACUAGAAAGCAUGACAGAUGAUUCAGGGGCACCAUCAGUAGAAAGUGAUGAAGAGAAAAUGCCACAAGUUGCUCGACAAGUGAAAAGUUUCCGAACUGGUCUGGCCACCGAGUCAGAUUCCUCGCUUGCAAGUGAAGAUGAACAUUUCAAACACCAUUUCUGGUACGAGCGAGUUCCGCCAGUUGGUGAAAACUUAGCAGAAGGUGACAGUACGAAAUAUUCUCCUGGUGGUCUGGAGCAGAAGAUGAUGGCAGAGCUGAACAAGCUAGAAAGCAUGGAGGAGUCGCUCCGUCAGCUGUUGGGCAUUGACCGAACGCACGCUGUGUCGCUGGCUCAGCAGGAAACUGUCUCACUCGCUCAGAUACUCAAGUCGAAACAGCAGGCGUAUGAACAUGACAUGCAGCAGCUGAAAAAGAAUGUCCAGAAAGAAACCACUGAAGCUGAAAAAGUUACCUCCAUGCACUCAGUGCCGCAUGGGUCUUCGACAAAUCAGAUUGAACUGAUAAAAAGACGAGCGAUACGCGAGACCGCACGGGCGUGGAAACUGGAUCACCGAACCGAGGACGAGACCGCGAUGGACCGGCUGUCGGGAGAGGACGUGACCAGCUCAGUGAGUUCACGGUUAAAGAAGAGAACGACAUCGCUACCCACCAGUGACAGCAAGAUGUCAGAUGUAUCUAGGAAUUCACAGGUGGCCAGCGUGAAGACGGCCGAUGACUCCAUUAAUGACACGGAUACAGAAUCUUCCAUCAGAACUGUGAGUGACGUGGACGGCCUUGACCCUUCCAAGGCAGAGAGUAUUUCUGAGGAUAUUCAUGGUGAAGACUUUUCUCCAUCAGGUAACGAGGAAUCUUUGACAGAGGAUGAAUCAUUCUGGCAAGUUCUUCCGUCGGAAAGUCAUCGCAAAGAUGUGAAAAAGAGAAAGUCUGAGCAAAGUCUUCCCGCAGAUGAAUUGUCCGUGAAUCAAUCUGUGGGUGACAUUUCCUCGUUGUUUGUUGGCGAGGACAGCUUUAAGAAGUUCACCGCGGAAAUGGUUCGCCAGUUCAUGCACGACGACCUGCUGCGGACUGAGCACCAGGCGGCCGUGCUGCGACUGCGGGAGAAGGCGCUGAAAGAGAAGACCAAGGCUGAACUGGCCUGGAUCAGGCAGCAGAAACAAAACCACAAGAAGAAGGGUCUUGACGAUGCCUAUCCCAAAAUCCUAAAGCAGGAAAAAAUUAUAAAGAAGAUACAGAAGGAACAAGAGGCCGAGAUUCAUAGACUUCAAGAAGCUAACGAACUGGCUAACAAAGAACACCAGCUCAUGUUGAAACAGCAUGAACAGAUGACAAAGAAACACGUUUCCAAACAGGACGUGAAGCUGCAUGGAACGGUUCCCGCCGGUCGUCUGUCUCGGCCUCAAGAAGUCCACACCGAGGAUGAAGUCAGUGCAUUUGACGAGGAUGUUGGAGAAAACUACAUAAAAGAAUGCAAGUCUGACUCGGAAGUGUAUAAUGAUAAGACGUCUGGUCACAAAGUCAGGGGAGACAAACUCAAAAUAGCAAAACAACAAAAACUUAGACUUGAUCAGAAAUACCUGACCGCCCGUGAACACAUUCUCUUCGAUCGACGGAAAAAUGCGGAGGAUCUUUUGGCUUGGAAGAAGAGACUUGACGAGGAAGAACUAAAUAUUAUUGCUCUGGAGCAGAAGGCUGAACACUGGUCUUCAAAAGCUGCUGGUUAUGGCCACACUAAGAAUCAAGAACGACCACCAUCGAGAAGGGCAAGAACCCCCAGAGAAGAGAAGAAAGUUUCAAAGGAUGAAAUCUCAGAGCACAUUGGUGAUUCGUUGUCUAAGCAUGGUUCACCAUCACGGCUGGGCUCGGAGCUGAACAAGUUGGACGUUUUGAAAACAGAUGGGAAGAAGUUGGACUUGGAGUCCCCUGCUACCAGUGUGAGUGACGGAUCAAUUCCAGAGGAGAUAUCUAGCAAGUCUAACGAAAGUGAAGACAUCUCCAUAACAGCAAGUCCGGAGAAGAGAAUGCCGUUAUCUCACGAGGUGACUUCUGUGGCUGCCUCGGUCGAUGGGUAUGAGAACGACACAUUUGAGGGCGACACAUCAACCAACGUGAGCCAUAAGAAGUCGCCUGUCCGCAGGAAGCUGAUGCCGGCAGGAAGUUCACCUUUACCGUCACCAUUCUUCCACAAAGCAGGGUCUGAGAGCGAAUCUGAGGACUCGAUAUCCCACACUGAAACACUGUCUGAUGCCAGUGACUACGAGGUACGAAUCCGACAACUCAGUGAUGAGCUCAUUCGAAGAAAGAAAGAAGUUGAUAUUUUAAAACGUGAGCGCAAGAAGAAACAAAAGGAUAAGAUGAAAGCUCACGAGGAAGCCUUGAAAAAGCAAAUAGAGGCUUACGACAGCUACAUUGGUAAGCUGAAGUCUGAACAGUCUGACCUGGAGCAGGACUUUGUCAAGUCGGUGGUAAAGCCGAUGAUCAAACAGCCGAAGAUCCUUGUCAAGACGAGCCGCGUUCAGCCUGAUGUCUCACCCACCAAGUCGCAGCUCGAUUUAGAGAGUGGCGGGAACUCUUCUGGGUUAGAGGAGACAGACUCGAACCAAACAUCACCGGCACUGUUGGACGUCAGAGAAUUGAAGCUUUUUGCUGGUGUGGAAGAUAACACCCCUGUGAAAUCCUCGUAUCUGAAUCGCAUUUCUGAGGGAAGUGAGUCUGAUAAAUCACCUGCACCUGAAAAGAAACACGUCUCAAAAGAGGAGAAGACAGAGAACAGUGUGAGCGAAAUCAUUGAAGAAGUCUCCCAGACUGACAGUGUGCUGUCUGAACACACUCGGUCACAGUCGGUUCAGCUCAGUCUGCAUCGGCCAGAAGUAACAACUGCCGUGUCACCUGCUCCAGAGAAGGUUCCACAACAUGAUGAUGAGCAUACCGCUGCAAAAUCAAAGAGCCUGGAUGUAGACACUGACGUGUCUGAAGCUGUAGAACAAACAGUGUCCAAGUCGGUCGAACCACCCAGCGAUGCUCCCUUCUUUGAUCUUCGGACCACACCAGGUGAAACUGUGGACAAAGUUAGUGAGAAACCUUCUGUAGCAGAUGCUGUGGAAUCGGACAGUGAAAGCGAAUCUCAGGGCAAGGGCACGUUGUCGAGACUGUCGAGUGAGCGGUCAAUGGGCAGCAACAAUUACAGCGAAAUGUUUGAAGAUGAACUGUUGAGUCUUGAUUCGGAACAGACGCCGCCACCUUCAGCAGCAGCUGUGUCGAAGAAGUCGGCCGGAAAUACAGGUUUACCGACAAAUGAUGAUAUUAGCGAGCAGAUCUCGGCAAGCUUACCGUCUCUUUCUGAAAAGAAAUCUUCCAGCAUUCAGAAACAGGACAUGCUGAGCAAGGACCUGGAUGACCUUCUUGGUGGGCUGCUGGGCCAGGAAGAAGACAGUGUUCUGCUGCUCACGGAUCCCUUGGCAGACUUCGCCAUAGAAGAUCGUGUUCUUGUGUGGGGCCAGAAAUGUGGACGGUUGCUCUUCAAAGGUAAAGUGGACUUCGCUCCAGGGAUUUGGGCUGGAGUGGAGUUGGAUGGUGAGGAAGGAGAUACUGAUGGGUCUAAAGAUGGAGUUCAGUAUUUCUCCUGUAAACCUCAGCAUGGUGUCCUCGUUCCAGGCAGUGAUAUCUCACACCUCUUACAAGGAAACGACGACAAACAUAUCGACAACGUAUCGGUUAAGAGUCUUGAUGAUUCAGUGACUGAUAUUUCUGCUGCCACAGACAGCGACCUUGACAGAGUUAUUGAAGGUGCUGCCAAAAAUGUGGAAUUGUUUGAUUCAACAGUUAAUGACCUUAGUCCUGAAAAACAGAAGACAAAGCAAGACGAAAUAGCAAGAAAGUAUAAUAUUGCUGAAAAUAUUACAAAUGAAUUGACAGAAUCUCUUUUAAAUGAAUGCUUUGAAACGUUUGGUAAAAUUAAUGAAAAAGUGUCUCCUGUUAAAAAGGUCCCUCCACCUACGUUACCCAAGCCAAAAAUGCCCAAGCGGGAGAUUGUUGAGACCGAGACUGUACAAAGCAAGGAACACGAAGUUGAUGCUGUGAAAAGCAAAGAACAUGAAGUUGAUACGGUGCAAAGCAUAGAACCCGAAGUUGAUGCUGUGCAAAGCAUAAAACCCGAAGUUGAUGCUGUGCAAAGCAAGGAAUGUGAAGUUGAUGCUGUGCAAAGCAAGGAACAUAAAGUUGAUAACCUAUCGAACAAGGUGGCUCACAAUUUAAUGGAUGAUGCUAUAGGUCACAUGAUGGAAAUACGGCGGAAACAGAGGACACAGAUUGAUGAUGAGAAGAAAGCCAACAGUUGUUUGUUAGCUCGUACUAUAAACAAUGACCAUCAGUUUCCUCAUGCUGUCAGUUCAGUGCAGGGCAGUGAUGGAAGUGCUUUGUUACCAGUACAAACAAACGAACACUCAUCUAGUAAUGGCGUUCUGGAGACACCAGUCAUAAGACCAGUUUCCCCAGUCCCAGGAGCCUCACCUGAAAACCACCAGUAUGAACAAGUACAGCUGGGGAAGGACUUGGAUGGACUCCUUGGGAUAGAAGACGGAGAGUUUUUCGAUGAUGACCUGGGAUUUGACCACAAGCCUCCGCCACCUUACCCUGGCAGUGAUGAAAAUGACCGGAAGGUGUCCGAGGAAAUAUUUUAUGCUGUUCCCCAUGACAGGGCCGAAAUUGACGAAAUUGUGGCAAGUGCUGUCAGCAUAUUUUGGAAUAGAAGACGUUGUGGUGAAUCGAUGGACCAGGUUGAACCAACUGAUUCUUAUUUCUCUACUGAAGACAGUGGGGACACAUUGGAGUCGAAGAGUCGGCACGUCUACAAACAGCUGUUGUUCAAUUUGACAGGGGAGAUCAUCCAAGACAUUUACAAAGAUGAAAAUGAGGUCGACCCACCAGCUUGGCAAAAGCCGAAGCAGAAACAGCAGAAAUACUACAAAGGCUUGUCUCCACCUACCACAAUUGAUAUUUUACAGCCAGUAGUGCAAAAUGCGGUCAGUGAAAUCCUUGGCACUCACAAGAGGGACAAGACGCUGAACAAGUGGAACAUUCGUAAGAAGAAGGACCACGUGGAUAACAUUUUGGUUCAGGAACUCCGGGAGGAGGAGGCCAACUGGGUGAACUAUGAUGAGGACGAGGUGGCCAUCAAGAUGCAGCUUACCGACACGAUAUUCGAGUCGUUACUUGGUGAAACCGUCACCACCAUCAACGGAAUCUGCAACAAACGACGGCAUUCACAGUCGGCAACAUAAAACACUGAAACAAGUGUCGGCGGCCACCCUUCAUACUUAACAGCUGUGAUUAUUUUGAUGAAAGUUAUUUAUUUAUUUAUUUAUAAUCCUGUAUGUAUUGUUAAUUUAUUUAUUGUUUUAAGAAUAAUCUGAACUCGUAUGUAUUCAGGUGUUCAAUUGCUUUUUUUUUUGCUUUUUUUUUUUAACUAUGAGACAAAGAGGCAACACUAAAAAAAAUUACGUUUUUUUUUUUUUUUUUUUGCAUAAUUUAUUUUACUUAUGGGUCAGUAGUGAAAUAUGGACAGUAUACGUGUUUAUUAAAAGGUAAGAUGUUUUUAUGGGGAUGAUUAAUAAUAGUUAUGUAAUGCCAAAUUUUAUGUCCUUCAUUACAGUAGUACAAGUGGAAAAAAUCAAAUAAUGCUCACAUCAUCAUCCCACCCCAUAAAAAUGUCUUCUUUUCAAAAUGUUAUAUUUAAGUGGGGUUUAUUCUUAGAACUGUCAACAUUAAUGAAUUAAUAUAGGUAAUAUUGCUCACGCUCAUGUGUUUGGCAUUAGAGCUGGGCGGUAUUGAAAUUUCAGUUUUGGUAUUGGUAUUUUUGGGUUGAUUUACCUCGGGAUCGGUACGAUAUUCGGUAUUGAUGCAAUACUGAUACUGAUAUCGUGUGGUAUUUUCAGUAUACUCUGCUUUAAAUGCAUGCCCGAGUUAAGUCUCAGUCGCUAAUUUCAUCUAAAUAGAAUUAAAUUCCAUACAAGGCCAUCAUCUCACUCUUCUUUUCAGCUAUUUUGUGUUCGUCAGAUAUAUUGUUAGUGCUUUACUAAUGGUGUAAAACAUUUUUCAAUACCACAAUUUCUGUAUUUUAUUAUUUGCUUGGUACAGUAAAUCAGUAUUGACAUGAUACCUAUAUAUGGUAUACCGCCAAGUUCUAUUUGGCAUUUUAAGAGGAACAUUAUAAUUUAUUUUUAUCCAAUCCUAAAAUUAAGACAGUUUCUGUGCUGAUGCUUUUUGUAAAAAAAUCUUACACAUUUAACAAAAUGCAGCGUGUGUGUAUGCGUGCGUGUGUACAUGUGCGUGCGUGUGUGUGUGUGUGUGUGUGUGUGUGCAUGUGUAUUUAGCAUUUUGAGACGGAAAUAUUUUGGCAGCAAUGUUUGUUAUGUCACAUAGUGUUGGUAACAAAAAAAUAAAUCUCACUGGUUUUUCAUUUAAGAGUGGAGCACACUUAAGCUGAUACAGAUUAAAUUUUAUUAUUUAGUCUCACGGUAAAUAUGAAGACCUGUGCCCCAUUGUUCAAAGCAUAGUUAACUCUAACCCUGGCUCAGUUUAAUAUUUUUGUUUUAAUCAUUUGUGCACAAAUACAAAAUAAACUUUAAAUUUUAUUAUGUAUUUAUGUGUUUGAUUGUUCUAAAUCAAGUUUCAAUGUCUUCAAUUAUUAUAUUUGUAUUGAUUCAGUCCUUGGUAAUGGACAUUUCUGUUAACAACUGGUUAAGCUAAAUAACGUUUGAACCACUGUCUCCUGAAUUAUGUAUACUCGAAACAAUGUUGUUAUUUAAUAUUUUUUAAUUUGUGAAGUGUGCCAUGAUUAAUAGUGUUAGAAAUAUUUGUAAUUAAGAGGUUUUUAUUUAAAUUUAUUUUUAAGAGAUUGUGCUGACCUAGUUUUCACAAAUUACUGGCAUUAAAGGGCCAUAUCUUCUUUAUUAAUCCAUCAGUUGUUGCACACAAGUACAACUUGGGAUAAUGGUGACCUACUUUUCUAAUUUGUUUAGUACUGCAAUCAGAAGAAAGUAUUUUCCACAUAUCUUCCAUACUAAUUCAUGCAGGACCUUCAGACCGUGCAUGCAAGUACAGCUUGGGAUGACAGUAUGUUAUGUAACAGUCCUAGGUCACGGUGACCUACUUUUCAUGGUUCUGUUAUUACUUUAUCACCCAGACCUACAUUUUGUAAGUGUUGGAAAUAAACACUUGUCCUUUUGUCACGACAAGAGAAAAUGUGCUUGGAGGUUUUCCUACAUUUUUCAAUACAGUUUCAUUUUGAGCAAUCAAAAACAUUGUCCUUGCACAUGAAUUAAACAAGCGAUUUAUUUGGACAAGUCAAAAUAUUGAUGGACAAGUAGAUUUCUAGAUGUACUAAUCUGAUUCACUAGUGAAAAAUGUUGCUUAUUUAUUUUCAUUGUUCCUCGUUCUAGAUAACUGACGUUCACGGAUCUAGAUAACUGACGUUCACGGAUAAAUCACAUUGCUCAAAUUUAUAAUCCUAUUAAUGCAUUCAACAAAUACAUUAAUGUGUGCUUCUCUGUCAAACUCUUGACAGGCUUAACUUGUGUAUAAGGAAUUGGAUGUGGCUAAAACCCCACACAGUGAAAUAACAUAAAAGACUGUCCAUUUGUCGAGUGUGGAGUGUGGUUCGGCGUACGGCAGUGGAUACGUUUUUGCUGACCACAUUAAUGGACACACACACAUAAUGUGUCUGCGUCAACAUCCAUGUCCACACUGCAUAUGCACAAGUGGAGCUACUGCUGCCACCAGUGCUACUUGUGGAUAGCAGCAAGGGAUCUUUUAUAUGCAUUUUUCCUUGGAUGGGAUAUCACAUACAUGUACAACUAUCUUUGAUGUCCCAGUCCCUCGUUUAAGUGGAUGAGAUUAAUGUCCCAGUCAUUGGUCCCUGGUGGAUGGGAUAGCACAUCCAUGUACACAUUGAUGUCCCAGUUAUUUUUUUGUUUUUACUAUUAACUUGCACAUUGUUUACAAGUUUUUGCUUAAAAUAUUAAAUAUUCAAUGUGUUUCUGAUUGUCGCAAUGUUUGUACUAGCUCAAAAUGCAUUUUAUGUAACACAGGAAAAAUACAUGCUUUAAAACAAUCGUCUGUGGCUUUAAUGGUUUUAUUUAUCCCAAAUAGUUUUUUUUACAUAAAAACGAAAAUCUGGAACAAAUGCCAGACUACAUUUUAGGGUUUUAUUCUUAAAGUUUAAAAAAUGUGUGUUCAGUGAAAUUGGAGUUGCUAUAAAAUGAAAGCGAGUAUGGUAGCCAUUUUAGUGUUUGUUAGCAGCGACAUGGGUGUUGAUAAUGAAGGUGUUUUUAAUCACCAGUCAGUAAUCGUGUAGAUUGAAGACCAGAGUUGCACCUUGAGACUGCUAUAGCAUAUGAUACUGCUACCAAGUGUUUAAACAUUUGAACACCUGGCUUGACCUGCUGGGCCCAAUUUCACAAAACAUCGUAAGCCUAGUUUUGUAUGUAAACGUAAAUCUACGACUAAACCACAGUAACUCGGGCCUCGACCGUAACGUUUUUUAAUGAUAGCCUCCUGGGCUACCAGGUUAUGAAAUCUGGAAGCCCUCAGUAAAAAUGGGUAGCCCCAUAAUUUUAAUAAAUUUAAAAAAAGAGAGAGAAAAGCAAAAUCAUUUAUUUUUAUUUAAAUACAGACACGCACAUACAGACACAUGCACACACAUACAUACAGAGACACACUCACAAAGACACAAGUGUCUUAUUGAUUGUGGGGUAACUGGAUGUGCAAAAAAGAGAGUUAGUAGCCUGGCAAACUACCAGGUUUAGAUAUUUGGUAGCCCGAGGGGGAAAUGAGUAGCAAAAAUACACCGGUCUACCGCUAAGGUCAAGCCCUGCAGUUCUUACUAUUAAAAGUACAAGAAAUAUAGUUUGAAGUACACAUAUUUAAUUUUCUUUUGUCCUUACAGGACUCCAUCUUCCGUAAUGAUGUCAUUUUCUGUGUAAAAUAGAUGCCAAACAUAUGUAAAUUUAUGUGUGCCUGAUAUAACUGCUAAUUGCAGAUGUAAAUGUGUUUUGAGAAAUUGGCCUCAGAUCUUUAAUCAGUAUAUGUUUGAAUAUCGGAUGACAAUUAUUCAUUUACUAGCUUGAUUUGACACACAUUUAUAGCAAUCAUAUUUGUGUGAAUAUAAUACGUAGUCUUUUUAGAUUUGACAGUACCUAACAAUACAUCCAUCAUUUUUGUCCAGAACUACUGUGUACAUUUGGCAGCAUGUUAACUUUUGUUAAUGUAUAUUCUGUGAUUAUUUAUUUUUAACUCAUGACAUUAUUCCAUCCAUUUUACUUUUUUACUUUUAUUGACCAGCAUGUAAUAUUGUAUCCAUUUUGAAAAUCUCAUCAAAAUGUGUUGAUUAGUUUAUUCUUGCUAUAGUUUAAAAUGGCUCCUGUUCGACAGAAUGGCAUUAUCCAUCACGAUGUCCAGUUGUGUACAUGUAAUCAACAUUUAUUUAAAGUCAGUUUAAAAUUCAUAAUAUAAAUUCAUAUAUUAUCAGGUUUGCAUUUGUGUUGGAAUUUGUAGGGUUUUAAAAAUGUAUUUAAAUUUCUCAAAACUGCAUUAAUGGAUGUUUUUGUUUCAUAUUUUUGUAACACCAGGACAAGGUCCAUGUAAUUUGGAACUUUGUUAUAAUGUUUAGUUAGUUUUUACAGUUGCCUUUAACCCUUGGAAUCAUUUAAUAGAUGGCUUUGUUAUAAUGUUUAGUUAGUUUUUACAGUUGCCUUUAACCCUUGGAAUCAUUUAAUAGAUGGCUUUCAUAUACAUGCAUUUGGUAUCAUUGCUCAAUGUAAGGUCAUUUGGAACUUUGUUAUAAUGUUUAGUUAGUUUUUACAGUUGCCUUUAACCCUUGGAAUCAUUUAAUAGAUGGCUUUCAUAUACAUGCAUUUGGUAUCAUUGCUCAAUGUAAGGUCAUUUGGAACUUUGUUUAAAUUUCUGGAAUCCAUCAUGUGUCCACCUGUAUUUGCACCUUUUAUAGAUGGUUUCCAUUUUCACUCAAGGGCAAGAUAGAAGGGUGGUAACAAACGAAAAGGAACCUUGUUGUUUGAAACUGGUUUAAGAUACUGGGCAAAAACAUGACUAGAUAACCUAAAACUGUGGUAGUCUGCGACAUCACUACAAUGCAUGCCAGUGAUGUCAUAGCCUACAAUGGUUUUAUGGUAUCAUAGAUAGCUUUGAAAAUCUUGGUCCUGGCCUUUAAAUAAUACUAGUAUGCGUCAGAUUAGUUGAUUCAUUGUUAAUGCAGUAUCCAACAACAGUUUGUAGUUUUUAGUUGUUGAAUAUUAUAUAUUCACAUUGCUUUUAUUACAACCUACAGGUAUUUGCUUUUUAGAAAUUUUAUUUAACCAAACCUUUUUCAUAGGAACAUGGACUCCCAAUUUUGAGGCAGAUGUUUGCCAGAAUUAAAAUGAAAAUGCUGAAUCAGGUCAACAUUUAUUCCUAUUUGCAUAUCUACCAAACAGCUAUAGCCUAUAGGGUUCAAAAAGAAUAUCUAUACAGUUUUACAUGGAUGAUUACAGCUAACAUUGGGAGUAGAAUGAUGGAAUUACACUGAAAUAUUUUCAUGUCAGCUCAUUUUGGCAGAAUGACUCCAUAAUGUUUGCCCUGAUCUUCCGUCUCACAUGCUUAUGACUUAUUUUCUGUAUUAAUUAGCCAGUAGUCUGUGUUAAUAUUGCACUUGGUCAUAAUGUUUGCAGUGUAAAACAUACUUGAUAAUAUUAAAACCCUUCUAGAAAAUGUCCGACAUCUUUGUACAUUAGAGGUUUAAAGUUGAAACACUCCAAUUUAUGAAGAUGGUACAUAUGUUACCAUGUGUGAACAAUUAUGUUACAUAUAGUUAUUUCACCACAAUAAAACAUUAUAGUUGCAUUUCAUUUGUAGUACUACAAAUGUACAAGUUAAAUUUGUUUAAUAUAUUGAAUUAAAUUUUCAACAUUUAAAAAAUAAUAAAAAAUCUUUAGUAGUAAUGUUAGGUAUAAUGUAAUAUGUACACAAUAUGAAGAGGAAAUUAAAAAAAAAAAAAAAAUUCUAUCAAUAUGAAGAAAAACAAGACCUAGUAGGCAUGUGAUAAAUGUAGUCUAGUCAUGUGGUGAAAUAAAUAGAUAUUUGUAACCAAUUCGAGUACAGCUUUUAUUCCAGAAGAAUAUUCCAUUGUUAAAUAGUGCCUUUGUAUUUGAUUGCCUACCUGUAUAUUGCAGUUUGUGUAUAAUAAAUCUUCAUCUUAGCUACAAACAUUAAUCGUUGUAGUCCUCCCGAUCAGGGUGUAUUGUUAUAUUAGGAUUAUUUCAACUUUAUAUUUGUAAAAUAUUUUAUUUUUAUAAAUAUGUAUAAACUGUAAAUUAGUCUUAUAGACAAUGAAUAUUAUGUACUUCCAGAUAAUUCAUGAUUGAAAAUAAAUAUGAAAUAUCAUAAAAGUG